CUUGAAUACACGCAUACCUUCCCUGCCAGUGACUUACUAACCGAUCUGGGCCGCUUAGCCUGCUCGACUUUUGAGUCUCGACUGUAUGUUGGGCUGAAGUUUGGGUCUUUUGUCCCCAAGCUGCCGUACUGCUGUCACCAUCUUUACCGUCACAUCAAGUCCCCUAACUAUGGCAAUACCUCAGGAUCGACAAUCCCAGCAUGUCCCAGGGACCAUCCUAGCGGUGCUCUGUAGGACGAGCGGCCCCAUAGGCGCCUUUCACUGGUUAGUCGACUUGUGUCCAGACACAGAGAAGGGUAUCAUCUUCCACGCGUCCCGACCAAACGAAAACGAGAUCGACAAAUGGCAGUUUUACACCUCCGAAUGGAAUCCCUUCACCUCACAAAGCUGCCUGACCCUCGCUCUUAUCGGGCGCGUCGUCGACUUCGAACCGGAGAACCCCUCUCACUCCGUCGAUGCGAUGCGCGAGUGUCUGCAGGCAAUCCCAAUGACCAUACCGCCACAGGACGUAGGCCGAGAGCCAAUGUUCACUUGCAGAGUCUGGUUCCGCGAGGCUCUGCGGCGCCUGACUGCACACGACGCGUUCAGUAUGAUCAUGGGGCCCGACGAGAUGAUGGAGAGCCUGAGGAACAGGACGAUCGCUAUACAGUAUAUGAACCCAGGAAAGCAGGUCCUGCCCGUCUUUCUGCAGCUUCGGCCUCGCUCUGCAUACGGCACCACGUAGUGAACACACUGUACUCACAUGCGAUUCAGACGUACUGCUUGUACUUGUUCGUAUCGUCAGUUACGGUCGCUCACACGCACGCCGCGAACGAC